UCUUAAUCGCCGAAAGCAAGACCAGUCGGAGACUUUGGGCCUUUAGAUCCGAUCCAACUACCACCGCCUUCGCCCGCCGGAGUCGCAGCAGCCUCGAGAUCCCGCCGUCGUCGAAGGAUCUCGGAUGAGAUGAUCGCGUCCGUCGCCGUCGUCGGUCACCAGAACAACCCGCUUUACCUGCAGAGCUUCACCAAUGCCAACGAUGCCCUUAAGCUCCACCAUAUCGUCCACUGCUCGCUCGACGUCAUCGACGAGAGAGUGAAUAAUCCUAAGAGAUCUGUGAGCACUCUGAAUGAGAGUUAUCUUGGCCUUUUAUAUCCUACAGAGAGUUACAAAGUAUAUGGGUACUUGUCUAACACAAAGGCGAAAUUCCUGGUGGUAACAACUGAUCUAGAUGUUAAAGAUGCCGAUAUCAGGAGUUUCUUCAGGAGAUUCCACGCUGCAUAUGUCGACGCCGUCUCCAAUCCCUUCCAUGUUCCAGAAAAGAAGAUAGUGUCCAGAACCUUUGCCCAGCGAGUAAGUGGCAUUGUCAAGGCCUUUGCAGCGGGCACAAAUGGAUGAAUCCAUGUUUCUCUAUCUUUAUGUAUCAAGCUUUAAAUUCUAAGUUUAAAAAGAGAUUUUCAGUCUAUUCUUUUGGCCUUCUGUUCCUAUCGUUUGCAAAAACCUUUUCUUAAGAACAAUUUCAUUGGAUUUCA